AUGCGCUCUUUGAUACCACUUUCUUUGCUACUGACCAUCUUCGACAAUCCUGUGCAUGCCUACAUUUUCCCUUUUCAAGUUCGCGUAGGAAAUGGAGUCAAUCCCUCUUCAAGACGCCGAUCUCCCUAUGCGUUAGGCAAUAUUGGAAACGCGCAAUAUGUUACGAAUAUGACUGUCGCUGGCAAGACUAUGCCAAUCCUCAUGGACACGGGAAGUUCAGACCUAUGGGUCCACUUUGCCGACUCAGCGCCAACAUCGCAAAUGAAGGACACUGGAAAAUCUGUUACUUUAGCAUACGCAGUGGGAAAGGCUUCUGGUCACAUUCAGACUACACAAGUUUCAAUGGGCGACCUGACUGUGUCAGAGCAAGCUAUGCUAUGGGUCAAUGAUACUAGCACCUUUACUGCCGAUAUUCACACCCAAGGGUACGAUGGCCUCCUUGGAUUAGGCCCAAAUCAGGGCAGCGUAAUCUACAAGAAUUUGAAGAAAACCACUGCUGGAAAUACGUUCCUUCAAAAUGUAUUCGAAAGCAAUCGUUCAACAGACAACUACAUCACCAUCCUUCUUGACAGGAAGAACGACCCAGGCGAAGAUUUUACUGGUCAAUUCACAAUAUCUGAACUCGUUCCAAAAUUCCAAGAUAUCACGAAAAUGCCCAAACUUGACGUUGAGACCGUGAACAGGAUAUUGAAAGCUGAUCAACAUUGGCAGGCUUUGACAGAUAAAGAUCAGGGUAUCAUUGGACCUGACGGACAACCCAUCCGAAUGAAAUCUAUAGUGCCUAAAGCUCCCAAUGGCCAAUAUGUUGCUGUCAUCGACAGUGGGUUUACAUUUUCUCAAGUUCCUCGCGACGUAUCAGAUGCUAUUUACGGACGCGUUCGUGGUGCAUUCUAUGAUACAACACACGAAUAUUGGCUGCUUCCCUGCGGUCAAUACCUUAACAUUUCCUUCAACUUUGGGGGCGUUAAUUACCCCAUUCAUCCUUUGGAUGUUGUUGAUGAUAAUUUCGCUCAAGUUGAUAGUACUGGCAAGAAAGUCUGCAUCGGAUCUUUCCAACCUAUCACGUCUGCAUUCAGCAUACUUGGACAUUACGAUAUGAUCUUGGGCAUGAGCUUUUUGCGAAGCACAUAUGCUCUUCUGGACUUCGGAAAAUGGAUUGGAACGUCAGGUGAUCAGGACAAACCGUAUAUGCAAUUGAUGUCUACUGUCGACCCCGUCGCCGCCCGCAAAGACUUUGUCACAGUGCGUUUAGGAGGUAACGACACCAUCUCUGACCCCCGGUGGUCGAUCCUUCCUGCAAAUGAGACCGUGCAUUCUCCCGUGUCUGCAGAGGAAAAGAAGAAGAAAUAUCAGGAAAUGAUCCUGAGUCGCUGGCCGUAUAUCUUCGUGGGUUGUCUGGCGUUUGUGAUUCUUACAGUCGGCCUGUGCAUCUGGAAAUGUUGUUGCAGAAAAAGGGGUAAGAAAUCAGAUGGUGGCAUAGGCAGUACAGGAGACAAGAAAGGGUUCAAGGCGUUCUUCUCGAAGAAAACUGCUAGGGAAUCAUACGUCCCGCUAGAAGCCCAGCGAAGUACUGCAGAUCUGUCUGCUCCUUAUGGAUAUUCGAAACAGCAGCAGGCCCACACGCCGUCCCCGUCGUACCCUUCUUAUCCUGCAUACCCCAAUGGACAAGAAGGCUAUCGCCAAAGUCAGCAAGGAUACCACCAAGGACAUCAUCAAGUUUAA